CCGGUACAUAUUAUUACCCUUCUUUUCUCUCUCUCGGGAUCGGACUCCAGCCAUGGCUGUGGUUCUUGGAAAUUUGGCUUUGUUACUAGACGUGACGUCUGCGAGGACCGUUACGACGGACCGAAAAUCUCGUCCCUUGGCGAUCGACGUCGUUUUGAACCUGCAGAAGAGGGAUCCUCAUUUCUCCCACGUUUCUCUUCCCAACAAGAGCCAACUCGACUACUGGGACGGGGAGAAUCGGGCACCCCGGGCCGUGGCUCGUGGCAAAGCGAAUUCGAAAGUAAAGGCGGUGGAUUUUGACGCGGCGUCCAGUGACGACGAUGAAAACGGCAACGGAUUUGAGGAGGAAGAGGAGGAGUACGAUUGGGAGAACGAAAUGAGGAAGAGAGUUAAAGAAAUUGAGGAGAUGAGGGAAUUGGAGAAGAAAGCAGAGGAGCUGCAGAGUAAAGCGGAAGCAGAGGAAACUGAAGGUGAAGAUGAAGGUGCAGAUAGAGAAGAAACCGAGGAGGAAAAGAGGAUGAGAGUGAGAAAAGAGCUCGAAAAGGUGGCUAAGGAACAGGCAGAGAGGAGAGCUACAGCACAAUUGAUGUUCGAAUUGGGCCAAAAGGCUUACGGAAAAGGCAUGUACGGACGUGCCAUUGAAUUUCUUGAAGGUGCUCUCACGAUCAUUCCCAGGCCAACAUUAUUUGGCGGUGAGAUUCAAAUAUGGCUGGCUAUGGCUUAUGAGGCGAAUAACCGCCAUGCGGACUGCAUUGCUCUGUACCAGCAAUUAGAGAAGAAGCACCCUAGUGUGAGCAUUCGACGGCAAGCUGCUGAACUCCGCUACAUUUUGCAAGCACCCAAACUCAAGAUAUCCCAGGAAGAGAUGGUUACAAUACCGCUGAUUGGUUCUAGUUACGACAGCUAUGCAGCGACAUGGACUGACAAGUACAAGGACAAAGAUCAGAAGACAAGCGGAUCAACAACCAAUCAGCUUCCCUCCUCCAGAGACUUUCUGGCUGAUUUUCUGGUGUGGCGACCUCCUGUUGGACUGGAGAAGAACAGAGCAUUUUGGGUUGCUUUGACUUUAUGGUUUGGCUUGGUGGGAGCUGCCGUUUUACUACAAAGAUGAAUCAUCCAGAACGGACUCCAUAAUUAUUGUUGUUGUUGGAUUAUGAUAUAUGUUCAUUUAAUUAUUUAUCGUGCCUUGUUAAUUUAAUGUCAAUAAUGUAUGUAUAAAGCAAAAGGAUGUGUUCCUUAAUGAUUUACAAGCACACUUGAGAUCUGUCAUCUAUGGCUGGAUAUCGAAUUGGGUAUGGUUAUUUCUUUGUACAAACAA